AUUUCAACUUACUUAUAAACACAUCCGAUGUGAUGAUGUGAUUAUAAAUUGGAGGUUUGGAGUUCCGGGUACAGUCGUGGCAGUUAGAUAUAGAAUAUGAGAAUGCGUCAUCUUGUUGGAUAUUUCAGCACCACUCCCAACUAAAUAAUUAGCCUACAACUUGAACAAUAAUUAGCCACACUCAACUCUUCUCAGCCUCCAUUAAUGGCGAUAUCUCCAGUUCUCUUCAUCUUGUGCCUCUCUCUCCUCGCCGCCGCGUCAAAGAGGUCCGAGGCGACCUCCGCCCAUGACGAAUUGGUGAAGUACGGUUUCCCCGUCGGCCUUCUCCCUGCCGACAUUGAGUCCUACACGCUUAACCACACCUCCGGCGCCUUCUCAGUGCGGCUUGGAAAUAAUUGCCGCGUGACGCUGCCGCCGGACAACUACUUGGCCUCCUACUCGAAGCGAAUUACCGGCAAGAUCGUCGGGAAUCGGAUCGCGGAGCUCGACGGGAUCAGCGUGAGGGCGUUCUUCAAGUGGUGGGGCAUCACCGGAAUCAGAUCCAGCGGCCAGGAUCUGGUGUUCGAGGUUGGUGUGGUCACCGCCAAGUAUCCUUCCAAGAAUUUCGACGAGUCGCCACCCUGCGAAGGCCGCCGCUCUUCCUCUUAGAGAGGGAUAAUAGGAGGCAUUUCGAUACGGUGGGUGCUAGUUUGGCACUCUCCAAGAAUGAGUAAUGUGUAUUUUAUGAUUUGAGAAUUGUAUAUAUUGGGAGCUGUAUUUGAACUCAAAUGACGAUUAUAUAUGUGGCUAACACUACUGAACUA